GGGUUUGUUACUUUUACUUGGUUUCAAAAUGGUGGCAGUUCAGUGUUUCAUGUGUAACUGUUAUUCGUCAUGUUCAAUGUUUGUUAAGGAAAACGUACGGUGAUAGAAAUUAGUGUUUGAAGUAAAUACUUUAUGCUUUAAAAGAGUACUCUGGUAAAAAUGACGACUUUAUAUGAUCAGAUAAAACUUCUUUACGAUCAGUCUUUAUAUUCAAAUGUUAUUUCAUUAGCAAAUUUAGUAUUGUCGCUCAGUGAACACAAUUCAGAUUUACUGCCGAUACAUGGAAAGUUCCAUAUUUAUGUUUAUUAUGCAGACGCUCAUUUCUACUUAGGAAAAUAUAAACGAGCUGAAGCCCUUUAUAAGAAAUCAUUGCAAUUUCAUAAGUGUUUGUUAAAGUCUAAGGGUGCUACAAAACCUUUAGAAGGACAAAAAGAUCUUCCAACGGAUGUUGAUAUAAAAUUUCAAAUACAUUUGUGUUUACUAAAAUUAAAAAAUUCUUUGGAAGCACUACAAGUCUUGCAAAGCAUUCCUGGAAAACAGAGAACUCCAAAAGUUAAUAUGGCUUUGGCAAAAAUGUGCCAAGAGCAAGGAAUGAAACGAACGGCUAUUACCACAUAUAAGGAAGUUUUAAGAGAAUGUCCAUUAGCAUUAGAAGCUGCAGAAGGUCUGCUUUCUCUUGGAGUAAAAGGGAUUGAAGUAAAUUCAUUAAUUGUAGGUUGCGCAUCAAGUUUAUCAAAUUUAGAUUGGUUGAAUACUUGGAUCAAAGCACACGCACACAUACAUAAUAGAGAAUAUACUCAUGCAGUAUCAACAUUAAGGUCUCUAGACAAUGUUAAUUUGCUGAGAGAUAAUUUUAAUUUAUUAACAACAAUGGGAGAGUGUUAUUACUAUGCCGGAGAUGAUAAAAAUGCUUUGUUAUGCUUACGAAGAGCUAGAAUCAUAGAACCAGACGUUAUGAAAGGGGUUGAUAUUUAUGCUGCAGUAUUAUAUAAAAAUCAUCAUAUUAAGGAACUUGAAAGACUGAUACCUAUAAUAACAGCAAGUAAUGAAUGUACUGGAGAAAUAUAUGUUGCUAUGGCAUAUUCUCUUUAUGCUGCUAGAAAAUUUAGUAGAGUAAAUACUUUAACCACACAAGCUUUGAAUUUGAAUCCAAAUGAUAUAGAGGCAACAAUACUUCGGGGAAAUAUACUUCUGGAGCAAAAGAAAUACCAAGAGGCAUUGUUUUUCUUCAGACAUGCAGUAGGAUUAAAACCAUAUCGUUAUGAACCUCACAAAGGUUUAGUAGAUUGUCUUGUAGGAAUGCACAGACUACGAGAAGCUCUUAACAUCGCAAGUGGAUCUUGUAAACAACUUGGACAUACUGCAAGGGUUCUCACGCUCUAUGCAUCAGUACUUAUGAAAGAUCCAGUUUCCGUUGGUAAAGCAAAAAAUCUUUUAGAAAAGGCAUUACUUCAAGAUGAAGUGUACCUACCUGCAGUUUAUUUGCUGGCUGAAAUAUAUGAACAAGAAAUGAACUUGGAAGCUGCAAUUGCAUUACUUGAAAGACAAGUGGAAAUUCAAUCGACGUGUAAAUUACAUCAGAUGCUUGGGGAUCUUUGGGCCAGAGUACACAAUGAGGAAAAAGCUUUAGAUCACUAUGCCAUUGCUUUAAAUCUAGAUCCGAGGAAUAGAAGAGCAUUGGAAGGUAUGCAUAGGCUGGAUAAUUCUUCAAACAAGUUAGAUUCGGCAUAUUAUAUGACCGUGGGUGAAGCACAAACUGACACAACAUAUGAUGUUGGUGAUGGUUUACCAGAUACUGAUAACGAUGAAGCACCCGAUGAAAGUGAAACUGAAGCCGUGUGGUCUGACAUGGAUCUUGAAGCAAAUAGUCAAUAAUGUAACAGAAAAUAUUAGAAAACUGAAUAGUUUUUAAUACAAUUAAAUUAGAAUUAUAAUUAAUUUUUACUGUAUGAUAUUUUUCUUUUUGUUACCUAUUUGCUUAUUAUAAA